AGUAUCUUGUCGGCGGUUGGCUCCGAAUUUGACCUGCGGACACUGAGAGCAGUCAGGGUUCUGCGACCACUUAAGUUGGUGUCAGGGAUUCCCAGCCUGCAGGUGGUACUCAAGUCCAUCAUGAAGGCUAUGAUCCCCCUGCUGCAGAUCGGACUGCUUCUCUUUGUGGCCAUUCUGAUGUUCGCCAUCAUCGGCCUUGAGUUCUACAUGGGAAAGUUCCACACCACCUGUUUCGACAUCGCCACUGAUGAGAUUUAUGAUGAGUUGCCAUGCGGUACAGAGUUACCGUCCAGAUUGUGUCCUAAUGGGACCACGUGUAAAGGCUAUUGGCUGGGGCCCAACUAUGGGAUCACCCAAUUCGACAACAUUCUCUUUGCUGUCCUCACUGUAUUCCAAUGUAUCACCAUGGAGGGUUGGACCGAUAUGUUAUACUAUAGUAAUAAUGUAGAGGGAAGUGCCUGGAACUGGAUGUACUACAUCCCCCUCAUCAUCAUCGGGUCCUUCUUCAUGUUAAAUCUGGUGUUGGGCGUCCUCUCAGGAGUCUUUAAGAGUUAUCCUAAGAGUUAUCCUAAGAGUCUUUAA